UAUUUCCAGGUAGACUUACCUCUCCUGAGGUACGCUCCAGAAUUAUCCUCCAUAGUCCUCCUCGACAUAGACGACGUCGACAACCUAUUCACGGGCAAAGGUGACGGAUCAGUUAUGGAGCUGCUGAGAUACAUGACCUUCAGAUCCCACUCUGUCAUUACUUCAAUACUUUACGGGAUCUUGAGGAAACUCUCGAAACAUGUUCCAAGGUCCACCACAGAGUAUUGCACAAGAAAACUGGAUGAGCUGAAAUCGGAUUUCAUUAAGUUAUUAGGGAAGGAUGGCGUUUUGCUGAUCCCAAGUUUCACUGCUGAAGCACACCAUCACGGAGAAAUAUUCAGGAAAGCGUUGGACUCCGCUUACUUAACUAUUUUCAACGCCUUGGGAUUACCCGUAACUAAUUGUCCAGUAAGAUUCACCAAAGGUGGUCUUCCAGUUGGAAUUCAGGU